AUGCCUCGGGCUCAUAAGCGCAAGGGCCGUACCCCUAAGAAAAGCCGCCAUACCGGACAGGACCCCCGGGCUCACAGGGCAGCUCAGGGAGGGACCGAAUUGGCAGAAGAGCCCUCCUCUUCUCCUCCUCCUGUUCUUGAGGACAUUCCACGGAGCUCAUCAGCUGCUGGGUCAGGUACCUCUCCCCCAAGACCCAGCAGCCCUCCCUCCACCAGCACGACUUCUGGACGUGUUCCUGACACAAGACCUCAUGAGGGUGACGACAGCCAAGGCGAGGAACAGCCACCUUCCUCGGGGGUCACACCCUCCGCUGACACAUCACACAGUGAUACUUUGGCCAUGAAGGUGGAUUUGCUGGAGCAGUUCCUGCUCUACAAGUAUAAAAUGAAACAGCCCAUCAUGAAGGCAGACAUGCUGAUGGUGGUUAACACCAAGUGCCAACACUGGUUUGCGGAAAUCCUCAAGGGAGCCUCUCGCAACAUUGAGGCUCUCUUUGCGGUGGAAGUGAAGGAAAUCAACUCAACCUGUCAAUCCUAUGACCUUGUCAGCAAACUCAAACUGCCCAACAAUGGGAGGGUGCGCCCUGGCAGGGGCUUACCCAAGACCGGUCUGCUGAUGACUCUCCUGGGUGUGAUCUUCAUGAAGGGCAACCGGGCCACCGAGGAAGACGUCUGGAAAUUCCUGAACACCAUGCGGAUCUAUGCUGGGAGGAAGCACUUCAUCUACGGAGAGCCCAGGAAGCUCAUCACCAAGGAUUUAGUGAGGCUGCAGUACCUGGAGUACCGGAGGCUGCCUGACACUGAUCCUGCACGCUACGAAUUCCUGUGGGGUCCAAAAGCCCAUGCUGAAACCAGCAAAAUGAAAGUCCUGGAGUUUGUGGCCAAGGCCCAUGACACCGUUCCUACUGCCUUCCCAUCCCAGUAUGAAGAGGCUUUGCGAGAUCAGGAAGAGAGAGCCCGGGUCGGAACUGCUGCCACUCCAGGAGCUACUGCCAGAGCCAGACUCAGGUCAUGCACAUGUCCAGCUGCUUCUUCACUCCUACUCAAAUCCGAGGACAUUUGCUAUCCAGAAGAGAACCGAAGCCACCAUGACAGGAAUUGCCUUUGA